AUGAAAUCAACGCUGCUCUCCUACGCUGCGCUGGCAAGCCUCGUGCAUCUGGCCACGGCCGACGUGGAGCCAUUCCUAAGCUACGACAUCAACACCAUCAAAGACUGCAGUUUCUGGUACGACAACUACGGAACCAAACCCUGCGCCUCCGUCAGAGCGACCUGGAACAUCUCGCCAGAGACCUUCUCCCGCUGGAACCCGUCCGUCUCCCUCGACUGCACAGGCUGGGGCAGACACUCCUACUGCGUGGGCGUCGUCGCGGAACUGACGCGCUCCUCCUCGCGCACCACCUCGUCCUCCUCGACACCCACCACCACGGCCUCGACGCCCCCACCCGUCUGGACGGACCACGGGUGCUACGCGGACGCCUCUGUGCAUCCCUUCCAGACGCAGCUGGCCGCGCCAGCCGGCGCUGACAUGACGCGCGCCGCGUGCGAGAGCAGGUGCUGGCGCGACGGCUACCAGUUCGCCGGCGCCAAGGCCGGCACCGAGUGCUGGUGCGGGCACUACGUGGAGGGGUCGCGCAGCCCGUCGCCGUCCGACUGCGGCGCGCCGUGCGCGGGCAACGCCUCGGAGACGUGCGGCGGCGCGCGCGUCUUCAACGUGCUCGAGGGCAACGACGCGCAGCCCCCGUCGGCGUGCACCGCCGCCGCCACGCGGGCCUCGACGUCUACGGCGCCCGCGCGCGGCAUCUGCUCCGGGCAGGACGGCGCGGUCGCCUUCAAGGUCAAGAGCCGGUAA